AGAGCGGGGCAGGGCACUGUGCCGGGCCGGGCUGUGCUGCAGGAGGAGACACAGAGCUGUACACCAUGUGCUGCCUCACCCCUGUGCUGGCGCUGGCGCUGGUGCUGGGCGCUCCGUGGCAGGCGCUGCAUGGGGCUCCGCUGGCCGAGCUCUCGGGGGACCACGACUUCCAGCUCUUCCUGCACAAGAACCUGGAGUUCACCCGCAAGAUCAGGGGGGACGUGGCCGCCCUGCAGCGCGCCGUGUGCGACACCUUCCAGCUGUGCACAGAGGAAGAGCUGCAGCUGGUGCAGCCGGACCCCCACCUCGUGCAGGCGCCGCUGGAUCAGUGCCACAAGCGCGGCUUCCAGGCGGAGGUGUGCUUCACUCAGAUCCGCGCCGGGCUGCACGCGUACCACGACUCGCUGGGCGCCGUCCUGCGGCUGCUGCCCAAUCACACGACGUUGGUGGAGACGCUGCAGUUGGACGCCGCCAACCUCUCCUCCAACAUCCAGCAGCAGAUGGAGGACCUGGGCCUGGACACGGUGACGCUCCCGGCCGAGCAGCGCAGCCCCCCGCCCACCUUCUCCGGCCCCUUCCAGCAGCAGGUGGGGGGAUUCUUCAUCCUGGCCAACUUCCAGCGCUUCCUGGAGACGGCGUACCGCGCGCUGCGGCACCUCACCCGCCUCUGACGCCCCCCCACCCCCCCACCCCUCCCCGCUUAUUUAAUAUUUAUGGCUAUUUAAUAUUUAUCCGGCCGGGGGGGUCCCGCUGCCCCCCCGCCCCCACGCAGGGUGCCAGCCCUGCGCUGCCAUCCGUGCACGGGUCUCUGUGCAGCACCAGCCAUGUUUAAUAUUUAAACACAAGCGUAUCUCUGCUACGAGGUUUGCGCCGGGCUGAGCUCGGCGACCCCAUGGGGAACCCCCACCCGCACCGAGGAUGCUCCGAGCAGCACCGGGUGGGUGCGGGGAUGGAGCUGCGGCGCUCCGUCUGGGAUCGCUUCCAGGAGCGGUAUUUAUUCGCUGCUGGGUAAGGAGGGAGGGGGGCGCAGCCCACGAUGGGGUCCCACGGUUGGGGCCGAAGCUCCGCUCUGCCCACGCUGAGCUCCUAUUUAUUGCAGCGUAACUUAUUUGUGCCCCCACGCCUCCGGUGGUGUCUCAGAAACUCACAGCUGCUCCGGUCCUCCGGGCGGCGUUUUGUACUGUAUUUAUUCGUGCAGCUGGGUCAGCCCCACAGCAGCGCGCGCUGGUUUUUAUAUAAGUCACAACGAUGGAAAUAAACUCUAUUUUGCCUC